GGCUGCUGGUCUCGGUCCGACUAUUAACAUAUCUGGAAUGGUCUACUGUGGACCGCCGUCUAAAGCCUGCAGAGCUUGUCGACAGCGGAAGAUUGGAUGUGACCAAAACCCACGUGGCUGUCGUCAGUGUGCAAGGGCCCGACGUCCUUGUCCGGGAUACAGAGACUAUGUCGAUUUGCUGUUUAAAGACCAGGGCCACUGGGUGCGGAAGAAAGUUGGUGCACCAAGCCAGAGAAAGCCUCCCCCAGAAGGAAGGCGUUGCCCAUCAGCGACUGCAAAUGGUGAAACCACCUCAUUAAUUCCAACGGGCCGAGUCCACCCCCAACAUUCUAUACUUGUAACGCCACCGCAUGGUUAUAUUCCAACCGUACCGCACUUCAUCCCACCCUUAACGCCAUCCAUUGCACCAGGCCUGCGUGAUCUUGGAAUCGCCGUCUUUUUCCAGCAACAUACGCAACUCAGUCCGUUGCAAGAACACAGCGAUCCGGACCCCAUGUUCCUCGACUUCGCGGGCAUCAUCUUCCGCACCGGUAAUAACCAGAUGAUUUCCGCCUGUAUCAAGGCAGUUGGCCUAGCCAGUCUAGCCAACGUCCGAUCUGAAAAGCAGAUUUUAAUACAAGCGAGAAAGGAAUACGUCAAAAGCCUAAGAAUGGUCAACAACGCACUCAGGGUGCCAUCGGAGGCUGUGCAAGACUCGACCCUGCUCGGGGUGAUGCUGCUGAGCUUUUUCGAGCAGAUUACAUGUGUUGACGGCCAGUUUCUGCACUUUUGGACGCAGCAUGUGAACGGAGCAGCUCUGUUGGUGAAACUGAGAGGAACGCACCAGUUCACCUACAAGAUCGGGCUGCAAAUGUUCCAGCACAUUUUCCAGAAUCUCGCGACAAACUGCAUCCAGACUGGGCUCCCUGUUCCUCAGUAUAUCAUCGAACUCCGGGAGCAAUGUGCCCAGUACAUCGACACCAAGUCGCCUAUAUGGCACAUUGGAGACGCAGUGAUCAAGCUCACCUCACUGCGAUCGAGAGUCACCAACGGCUCGACUAACGAUAGCGACAUGGAUCAGCUCCUGCAAGACGCCCUGGAUCUCGACCUUGAAUUCAAGACCAUUUCCGCCCGUCUCUCGGCCGAGAUGCCGUACCAAACCUGCGUCGAUCCCCCAGGACCCGGAUUCCACAAAGAAACCUACCAUAUCUACCCCAGCGUCUGGACCCUAUACGCAUGGAAUAGCCUCCGAAGCGGCCGCUGCCUCCUCCAUCAACUCAUCCGAUCGCAAAUGCUAAAAGGUUUUAGCGCCGUUCCGCCCCGAUUCCUAUCACCCACUCACAUCUCAGUUUUCCAAGAAUCCCUCGAGACCCUCCUCCAGAUGAUAAACGGCAUCCUGUGCAGCGCUGCGCAGCUAGUUGGCUGGAUACCAACACCGAACCCAGCGCCCGCAAAGGAGCCAAUCACAGCCGGUGCAAGACUCCUCAUCUGGCCGUUCUAUGUCGUCAUCCACAUGUGCACUAGCAUGAACCUCUUUGCGACCAUUCCCGGGAUUGACAAAUAUAUGAUGAAUGUUCUGGCAGAGGUCGGUCGGCAGACUGGGAUUCUGGCAGCCACCUCGUUGUCUUCAUUGUUGAAGGACAGGGAGCUGUUGCGGUAUUUGCCAAAUCUCAAGUAGGAGGGUUUCGGAUGGUGGAGGACUGAUCGUGGUCGUGUAUAUAUAUAUAUGGUGCUUAUAGCAUAGAAAGUGAGUUAGGAGUCCGGAGUUGUAUUGUGAGGGGUGCUAUCAAAUAUCGACGCAGGAAGGUUUUCGGGUGAACGAAGGGACUCACUGUAAAUCUCAAAUGGUAGAGGAUUAACCAAGCUUGGU